AUGGAAAGCCAACAGGAGUUACCGACGGAGGAAGUGGAGCUUGACAAAUUCCUCAUCGUGUUUGAAGGCUCGUCUCCGGAAGCUGCGUCACACGCCAAGCGGCUGUGGAGCUCCGUCUCCCUGCUCCCGCCGCCGGAGUCUCGGCUAGUGACGGCGGACGUCAGGCAGAGGCUUCCGGUAGCGCGCCCGAGAACAUCUUGCUCCCCGGCCAUUCCGCCCGGGCCGAGUGGACUUCCGCCCCCACGACACCAGGAGGAGGACAGACGGAGGUACCUGGCCCUGGCCAACCGGAGGGAGGAGGUCUUGGCUUUGCUGAGGAAGCAGAGGGAGCAGAGGAUUCACAAGGAGCUCGUCUCCCGCGCUCACAAGCCGAAGAGGGAGGACGGCGGACCAACAGGCCAAAAACCUUCACAGGACCUGGAGGUGGACAAGGAUCUCGUUAGAGCCCUUCAGUAGCUGAAUGACAGCGGGCCUAUAAAGUGGGCAGAAAAAGAAGAGACACUUGUCCUUUGUAAGUUUUUUUUUUACUAGGCCUACUGCCAGUGGCAUCACAAAAUUCAUAGAGAGGCC